AUGUUAUCACAUAAUAUUGAUAAUGAGGGUGAUGAGGAUUUAUUUUUAAAACAUCCUGAAACAAAAAAAGAAUUAUUACAUGGACAAACAUUUGCAUUUGCGGGAAUGCAAGGAUGGAGAAAAUCUAAUGAAGAUUUUCAUAAACAUUUAGUUCCAAUUAAUGAACUACAAUGGAAACUUUGGUCAUAUUUUGCAAUUUUUGAUGGACAUAAUGGUAUUGAAACAGCGAAAAAUGCAGCAAAUCUUCUUGAUAAACAUUUGAUCGAUGCUUUAAAUGAAUUAAUUCAUUCAACUCAAAUAGAUCUUUAUCAAAUUUCUCAAAUUAUUAAACAUACAUUUCUUCAAUUGGAUAAAGAAUUAGUAAAUCUUGUCAAUGAUCAAAGUGGUUCUGUUUGUAUUGCAACUUUAAUUGGACCUGAACAUAUUUAUUUAAUUAAUUUAGGUGAUUCUCGAGCAAUUAUUAUUUCAAAUGAUGGAAAAGUCUUAGAAUAUACAAAAGAUCAUAAACCAAAUAAUCGAAAAGAAAAAGAACGAAUAUUAAAAGCAGGUGGACAUGUAACACAACACAGUGGUGAUGUUGCUCGUGUUGAAGAUCAAUUAGCUGUUAGUCGUGCAUUAGGUGAUUAUUCUAUAGAUAAACAUUUAAUUCCAGCAUCACCUGCUAUUAUUCAAUUUGCAAAAAAUCCAAAUAGUCAAGGUGAAUAUUUAAUUCUUGCGUGUGAUGGAAUUUGGGAUGUGAUGUCAAAUGAACAAGUUGCUUCAUUUAUUCUUCAAAGAAUUUCAUUGAAUUCUUCAUUAGAAAAUAUCGCAUCACAAUUAUUAGAUCAUUGUUUAAAAUUACAAACAAUGGAUAAUAUGAGUGUUUAUAUUAUUAAAAUUUAA